AUGGCGGGCCUGUCGCUUCCACAAUAUGUAACAAUAGUGUGCGUACACCUUUACAACCGGGCAAAAUACAGUUUUGUACAAUUGUACGAAAUUCAAAUUACAUUUUUGUGUAAUUGUAAAACUAUUGAAAAGUAUCAAGGAAAUGGUACUCGAAGAGCAAAAAGUAUUAUUAUAACGAAUAUAUUAAGUGGUGGUCUAGAUAAAAGCAAUCUUGAUAUAACAGAAGCUGUUCCAAAUGUGUAA